GAGGGGCCGAAGCAUCAGCGAAGAGUAGCUGCGAGCAGCCGCGGUGGCGGCGGCGCGUCGUUGCAGUUGCGCCAUCUGUCAGGAGCCGAGCCGGCGAGGAGGGGGCUGCCGCGGGAGAGGAGGAGGGGUCGCCACGAGCUGAAGGCCAUCGAGACCCGCCCGCCCUCCGGCCGCGGGAGCAGAGGCGAGGCUGCCCCCGGAGCCGCGCGUCCUCCGUCGUCCGGGCGCGCGGCGCUUCUCCCCGCGCACCGAGGGCUCCCCGGGCGCGUACAAAGCCGCCGCCCGCGCCAGGGAGGGAUCCGGCCGCCGGGCCGGGGACACCCCGGCGCCGCCCCCUGGGUGCUCUCGGAAGGCCCACCUGCUCCCGGGCCUGCCGGGGAGCUACCGGAGCCGCCUCGGCCGCACUGGAGGAGGGCAGGGAGAGGACCAUGUGAAUGGGCUCCGGAGCCUGAGCGCCGCGCAGUUUUUUGAAGAAACAGGAUGCUGAUCUAGACGUGGAAAAAGACCAGUCCUGCUGCUGUUAUAGAAGACAUGUGGUGUAUAUAAAGUUUGUGAUAGUUGGCGGAAAUUUUGGAAUUUAGAUAAUGGGCUGUGUGCAAUGUAAGGAUAAAGAAGCAACAAAACUGACGGAGGAGAGGGACGGCAGCCUGAACCAGAGCUCCGGGUACCGCUAUGGCACAGACCCCACCCCUCAGCACUACCCCAGCUUCGGCGUGACCUCCAUCCCCAACUACAACAACUUCCACGCAGCCGGGGGCCAGGGACUCACGGUCUUCGGGGGUGUGAACUCUUCAUCUCAUACUGGGACCUUGAGAACAAGAGGAGGAACAGGAGUGACACUGUUUGUGGCCCUUUAUGACUAUGAAGCACGGACGGAAGAUGACCUGAGUUUUCACAAAGGAGAAAAAUUUCAAAUAUUGAACAGCUCGGAAGGAGAUUGGUGGGAAGCCCGCUCCUUGACAACAGGAGAGACCGGAUACAUCCCCAGCAAUUAUGUGGCUCCCGUUGACUCUAUCCAGGCAGAAGAGUGGUACUUUGGAAAACUUGGCCGAAAAGAUGCUGAGCGACAGCUUUUGUCCUUUGGAAACCCAAGAGGUACCUUUCUUAUCCGAGAGAGUGAAACCACCAAAGGUGCCUAUUCACUUUCUAUCCGUGAUUGGGAUGAUAUGAAAGGAGAUCAUGUCAAACAUUAUAAAAUUCGCAAACUUGACAAUGGUGGAUACUAUAUUACUACCCGGGCCCAGUUUGAAACACUUCAGCAGCUUGUACAACAUUACUCAGAGAGAGCUGCAGGCCUCUGCUGCCGCCUAGUCGUUCCCUGUCACAAAGGGAUGCCAAGGCUUACCGAUCUGUCUGUCAAAACCAAAGAUGUCUGGGAGAUCCCUCGAGAAUCCCUGCAGUUGAUCAAGAGACUGGGAAAUGGGCAGUUUGGGGAAGUAUGGAUGGGUACCUGGAACGGAAACACAAAAGUAGCCAUAAAGACUCUUAAACCAGGCACAAUGUCCCCUGAAUCCUUCCUCGAGGAAGCACAGAUCAUGAAGAAGUUGAAGCACGACAAGUUAGUCCAGCUCUACGCCGUGGUGUCGGAAGAACCCAUCUACAUUGUCACCGAGUAUAUGAAUAAAGGAAGUUUGCUUGAUUUCUUAAAAGAUGGAGAAGGCAGAGCUCUGAAAUUACCAAAUCUUGUGGACAUGGCUGCACAGGUUGCUGCGGGAAUGGCUUACAUUGAGCGCAUGAAUUAUAUCCACAGAGAUCUGAGAUCAGCAAACAUUCUAGUGGGGAAUGGACUAAUAUGCAAGAUUGCUGACUUUGGAUUGGCCCGAUUGAUCGAAGACAAUGAGUACACAGCAAGACAAGGUGCAAAAUUCCCCAUUAAGUGGACGGCCCCUGAAGCAGCCCUGUAUGGGAGGUUCACAAUCAAGUCUGAUGUGUGGUCUUUUGGGAUUUUACUCACAGAGCUGGUCACCAAAGGAAGAGUGCCAUACCCAGGCAUGAACAACCGCGAGGUGCUGGAGCAGGUGGAGCGUGGCUACCGGAUGCCCUGCCCGCAGGACUGCCCCAUCUCUCUGCAUGAGCUCAUGAUCCACUGCUGGAAAAAGGACCCCGAAGAACGCCCCACUUUUGAGUACUUGCAGGGCUUCCUGGAAGACUACUUUACCGCCACAGAGCCCCAGUACCAGCCUGGUGAAAACCUGUAAGGCCCGGGUCUGCGGAGAGAGGCCUGUACCAGAGGCUGCCCCACCCCUCCCCAUUAGCUUUCAAUUCCGUAGCCAGCUGCUCCCAAGCAGCCAGAACCGUCCAGGAUCAGAUUGCAUGUGACUCUGAAGCUGACGAACUUCCAUGGCCCUCAUUAAUGACACUUGUCCCCAAAUCUGAACCUCCUCUGUGAAGCAUUCGAGACAGAAUCUUGUUAUUUCUCAGACUUUGGAAAAUGCAUUGUAUCGAUGUUAUGUAAAAGGCCAGACCUCUGUUCAGUGUAAAUAGUUACUCCAGUGCCAAUGAUCCUAGUGCUUUCCUUUUUUUAAAAUGCAAAUCCUAUGUGAUUUUAACUCUGUCUUCACCUGAUUCAACUAAAAAAAAAAAAGUAUUAUUUUCCAAAAGUGGCCUCUUUGUCUAAAACAAUAAAAUUUUUUUUCAUGUUUUAACAAAAACCAA